AUGCCAGCCCCUAUCACUGAGGAGAUGCAGCCGGAUCUGCACCUCGAUCAGCUCGAAGCCGUGGGCAAAGCAUUCGAUGCCCUACUACUAACCCUUUACCGGCUUACCAACAGACACAAUGAACUCAAGCUAUACACCGAGGAUGUCUUCAAACAGUACACCAAUGUUACCAGGCAGUUACCUCCUCAAGAUAGACCUCAUGCAAUGGAGGUUCAGCAAAGGUUAUUGGAUCAACAGAAAGAAUUGUGUCUAGGCCUUGUGCACAACAAACCUCGAAUCGAAGAGCAGUCGCUGAAUUCCAUGCAUGUAAUCAAGACACUCGUUUCACACCAAAAUGUAGACGAAAAUGCCACUCGAGCCAUCGUGGCCGGUGUGAAGGGCUAUAAGGCUCUGCUCCGUACUCAGGAUGGCCUCUCCCAAAUGUCCUCCACCAAUUCAUGCAUGUUCGUGCGUGGACCAGACCCUGUGUAUCUGGAGGAAGACUUCACCACCAAUGGUGCGCAGGGUAGUCUGCACUGCCCAUUCUCCAAACUUAAGGCACCAUCAGGAAGUGAGGCGCUGAACGGGAUGGGUGACGGUCCCAAAAUCCAAGUCGAUACAUGUGGACACGAGAACCUGGACCCUAUCAAGGCCGAACAGGAUGAACGACGGUCCAGUACGACGCCAUCUGUCCGUACCUCCGGUAGCCGAUGCCCUGUCUCUCGAUGCCCGAUUCGAUACCUGGACAAACAUUCACCGGAAGAAAUCGCCGAGUAUGUGGAAAGACACAAGCAUGAAAUCCCCCGAAGCCACGCCAUCUGUGUGAAGCGAUACCAGAGAGAUCCGCAGAACAUGCGACAGUUGGAUGCGAAAUACGGUGGGUUGAUCAAUAUGAUCAGUGGUCUUUCGGCCAAGCACCAGGCUUUCCUGCCAGGUCGACAGGAAAAUGGCGAAGGCGAGGGUCAGACCGGAUCUGUGUCCACAGAGAGAAUUGAGAAAUGGGCAGAGAACCUGGAUCCAACCAAUCCUGGCCCUCCUCCACCUCCACCGGAUGAGAAUGAUCUGAACGAGAACGUGAAUGGGAACGAGAAUGAUGAAGGUCGCCUGGGUCGAUUUGACCGUCCUCUCCGCGAAGUGCGCUUGGGUGAAUCUCCAAGCCGACCCUGGGGUAUUCCUAUUCCUAUCGCUCAGCAGACCAGUGCCUCAUUACCCUUCUCCGGAUCAGUACCUGGCCCCAUGUCUCCCGAGUCUCACCCCGGACCCACUGAGAAACCACCUACCGAUGCUCCAGCCAAGCCGGCCGGUCGCUGUCCGUUUGGACAUGGAGCCCCUAAGCCUGAGGUGACUGAAGACGUUCCCGUCGCUCCUCCUGUUGCCUCUACCCUCGAACCCGAACGCCCGGUAUCACCUCUGUCCAACUGGGCCAAGCAUGCCCAGGCUGCUCAAGCGGAUGCAGCUGCACCGAAGCCCGAAGAAACCUCUGCUAAGACAGACGCAAACCCCAUGCCUGCUCAUGUCACGUUCAAUGGACCGGUCUUCUUUGGGUACUCUGCCGAACAGACAGCCAGCCUAAUGCAACAGCUGCGUAAUAUGGGGGCACAACUUUAA